AUGAUCAUCAUGGAGUUGGCUCUGCUAGCCUCGGCACAAGACAAUGUUGCAGCUCCAGAAAUUCCACUAACAGCGACCACGCUCUUCGCUCCGUUCAAGUACCACCACUACACGUACCUGGACAGCAACGACUCCUUCUCGUCGUUAGAAUUUCUACCAGCUUACGAGUUUGGGCGCGACGGAACGUUCGAAGUCACUCUCGACUUCAGCCUCGCGUUGAACAGCAGCAGAGAUGGCGUCGACGGUCGUGUGCUGUUCUACUUGCUAGUGUGCGACGAACCUGCGACGGAAGCGAUCGCGGACAUUACGGCGCUUUACACACCUCCGAUAGUGUACACUACUGGAAAGCCUGCUAAAACGAUCAUCAUCGAGGUCACUGCGGAGGGAACGCACCCCGAUAUGCACUGCGCCAUGCCCAACCGCACGCUCGACUACUACUGCAAGUCGUACCCGCUUGAGAAUCAGUCACCCAACAGCAUUGUGUAUCAGUCAACCAAGACAAUCUCGGAUUUAGUCGACAAUAUCACGAGGCAGGCGGAGUUUUCAAAGGUCAGCGGCUUAUACUCCAACACUUUAACGAAAUUGUCCUUCUUCAUCGACGCGUGUGAACUGUUAGGCGCGAACCGGAGCAUUCUUCGGUCGUGCAUGGAGUUCCCGCCACCGGUGGCAGAUAAUUAUUACCUCGCUACUGGGAAUAAAACCCCUUGCUUCUUCUACCCAGAGAACUACCCGAACCGGUCGGAGGCGGAGAACGAGCGGUGGUCGAGAGAGUGCAUCAUGACUCCCCAAAUGCAGUACGAGAUCAAGGGCACAGUGUCGAUGAAUCUGUGCACUGCAAGUGGAAAGUGCUUCCAACAACCCAAUAGUGCGUUAGCGUGGUUUUAUUUCUCCAUGAUCGUACUGUGGAGUCUGCUGGGUUUGGUCUGGAUGGCGCAAAUGGCGUGUGCUCCAUCCGACACUGUGCUAGAUCUACAUCGCAAAAUAGCACUUGUGCCGGUAGUACAGGUGAUCUAUGCAUCUGUUGCCUACGCAGCACAGCUAACCGCUGGGAUGUACCUCGACUGGCAGCGCGGUAUACUUCCUUCAAUUGCAAUGGCCUUUCAGCUUGUAGCUUUCGUCACUACCGUGGAGACUCUUUUGUACCUGGCCAAAGGUUGGAACAUCACACUUCGAAAGCUUAACUAUCGUGAGUCCAGCGCGAUUCGAGUCGUUGUAGUGACUUGGGUGGUGAUGUUCAUCACAGACUGA